GCGGCUUCCGGAACCUCCUCCGCCACUCUCGGUAGUUACUCUCUGGGGCUGCUGGCGACUUGGAUUAUUCGCUGGUGAUGGCUACGGCUGUCGCUAUGGAGACAGAUGAUGCUGGAAAUCGACUUCGGUUUCAGUUGGAGUUGGAAUUUGUGCAGUGUUUAGCUAACCCAAAUUACCUUAAUUUUCUUGCCCAGAGAGGUUACUUCAAAGACAAAGCUUUCGUUAAUUAUCUUAAGUACUUGCUUUACUGGAAAGAACCAGAAUAUGCCAAGUAUCUAAAGUACCCUCAAUGUUUACACAUGUUAGAGCUACUCCAAUACGAACACUUCCGCAAGGAGCUGGUGAAUGCUCAGUGCGCGAAAUUUAUUGAUGAGCAGCAAAUUCUGCACUGGCAGCACUAUUCCCGGAAGCGGAUGCGCCUUCAGCAAGCUCUGGCAGAGCAGCAACAGCAAAAUAACACAUCAGGAAAAUGAAAAGCUGGAUCCAGACCAGGCUCCUAAGACUGUAUAUAUUGCUUUUGUACAGUGAAGACAAAGACUCAUCCUACCUUUUAUUGUGGUAGCACCUAGUACCUUUAGUGUACUAUUUAAUCCAUCUACCUUUUUAUUGUUAAUAGAUUAUUUCUGUUAAACCAAAACUGUUCUUUGAUUUCCCUCUGGAUUUGUACGUUUUUACUAGUAUUUAACACAAUCAGUUGAGUAAGAACAGAAAUAUUGGGUGCUUUAGACCAGUUUAGGGAGGCAGUGGGGAUGGGGCAAGGGGAGAGCCACCAGGUACCCCAAACUCAGCAUAGCCCUGUUCCUCACAUACAGUGCAGCCUGGGACAGGUUCAUCUCCUGGAACCAUACUGUCCCUCAGAUCAGAGACCCUACCUUUCUUAUCUACAGAAUGAGGACGAGUCAAUCACCUCUUCAAGUCACAGAGCAGAAAUGGCAUAAAGUUUACUAAAUUCAGCAGGACAGGAGGACAUACCUGUAUCACUACUUGCUUUGCAAAAGCUCUUAUGGAAGAAUCAUUGGUAUGCCACUGACCUAGAGAUGGCAGGGAGAUUGGUAGUUAACUAAUUGGACCUUGACUUUGGACUAGAACAAAGAUGAGGAACCUCAAAUACUUGUGCUCAAUUGGUAAAGCUAACAUUUAUUUGGCAGAUAGCACAGACCAGGCCCUGUGUUAAAUGCUUAGGUACACUUUCAUUUUAUUCUCAGAACAAUCUUUGUUCAAAAGGAGGAGACUGAGGUUUAGACGGGUUAAGUAACUUGCCUCUGGUUACACAGCUAGGAAGUGGCAAUCAGUGUGACUGACUUGACAGUUUGGAGCCCUUUCUACUGCUAGGUUACAUGGGCUCUGACCUCUGCCACCCGCCUCAUCCGAAGUAGUGAACCCUAUUCAGACAGUUGUAAAACAAAACUGCCUGCCUGGCAUAGGGGCUGGAUCAGAUGUGCUGUGUUUCCCUUCAGUGGUUAGGUGAAGUUCUAAAUUCUAAAGCCAAAGAAGAUGUUUGAGGAAUAACAGUUCUUUGUAACUUCAUGGAAUUUAAGGUAAAAGAUUCUAACUCUCAGAGAUUUGGAAACUGUCUACUCAUUAUUAGGGGCUUUCACGUAUGUCUAUUACUGCCAAUGAAAUAUUCCUGUAUACUACCACUCUUGAAGAUUUAUUUUACUUAUAUUAAAGAUACCCAUGUAUUACAAACAAACUGAGCGUUCAGAAACAUUGUAUGGCACUCCAUUGUUUAGACAUAACAAUUU